AUGACAUGUCCAUGUGGUCAUUAUGAUUAUAUUGAUUCAACAGCAAAAACAUUGGCUCAUGCUAUGGCUUCUCGAUGUCCAGCAGCACUUCGUUCAUUUCUUGAUUGUAAUCCUAUGUAUUGGUGUUUUAUUCCUCUACAUUGGGAUGAAGCAGUAGCAGAAAAUGCUGCUAAUCGUCCAGGAACUUCUACUACAGAUCCCAAUCUGGAUGCUCUGAUAGCAGCUACUGCCGUAAACAAUCGUAGGGUGGCUAAUUAUCUAGAUAAUGUACCAUUACCACCAACUCCCUAUGCCUUCUCAUUUCGACAGCUAAAACAACAGCGUCUAUUUUUCGAACGAUUUGUUACUUCUUCCAUUCAUUACCGGCCUUAUAUCAAAUUGAAUUUGUAUAACAUAGCAAUUAUUGCCGUUUUACCAGAUGAUUGUUCAAUGAUACUACGAUACAUCAUCGAAACAUUAUUCAUUAUUCAUGGUGAAACUAAAUUGAAUAUGAUUUGUCCACUUGGUGGUGAUGCUGAAAAACGUUACGGUCGUCCGUAUAAUCUACAUUGGUGUGCUAAUUUGAAUCGUUCAUCAAUGUCAACCACGACAUCAACUCAGUGA